ACAUUCCCUCAGCCUUUGGCACUCACGUCGAACCCGGUGUGGUGCCGGGUCCUCCCAGCUUCUGAGGCAGCCGCGGCGGCCGUCUGUGCCUCCUCCUCCUCCUCUUCUUCCUCACUGUCAUCAUGGCCUUCAGUUACCAGUACGUGACUCCCGAGCAGCUGGCCGGCUUCGAUAAAUACAAGUACAGGGCCGUGGAUACCAAUCCGCUCUCUUUGUAUGUUAUGCACCCAUUUUGGAAUACUAUAGUAAAGAUUUUCCCUACAUGGCUGGCUCCGAAUUUGAUAACCCUAUCAGGGUUUCUGUUGCUUAUAUUCAAUUUCUUACUUAUGGCCUACUUUGAUCCUGACUUUUUUGCAUCAGCACCGGGUCAUAAGCACGUACCUGGCUGGGUUUGGACUGUAGUGGGCGUCCUUAACUUUGUUGCUUACACUCUAGAUGGUAUUGAUGGAAAGCAAGCUCGUAGAACCAACUCCAGCACCCCUUUAGGAGAAUUAUUUGAUCAUGGACUAGACAGUUGGUCAUGCAUUUACUUUGUAGUGACUGUAUAUUCCAUCUUUGGACGGGGAACAACGGGUGUCAGUGUUGUUGUUUUAUAUAACAUCUUAUGGAUAGUCUUGUUUUCUUUCAUCCUGUCCCACUGGGAAAAGUAUAAUACAGGAGUUCUCUUCUUGCCAUGGGGAUAUGACUUUAGCCAGGUGACUAUUUCUAUUGUCUACAUAGUGACUGCGAUUGUGGGAGUUGAGGCCUGGUAUGAACCUUUCCUGUUUAAUUUCUUAUAUAGAGACCUAUUCACUGCAAUGAUUAUUGGAUGUGCAGCAUGUGUGACUCUGCCGAUGAGCUUAUAUAACUUUUUCAAGGCCUACAAAAAUAACACCUUGAAGCACAGUUCCAUCUAUGAAACAAUGCUGCCCUUUGUUUCUCCGUGUUUGCUUUUCAUUCUGAGUACAAGUUGGGUCCUCUGGUCGCCAUCAGAUAUUUUAGAGAGACAUCCUAGACUCUUCUACUACAUGGUUGGAACAGCUUUUGCCAACAUCACAUGUCGCCUUAUCGUGUGUCAGAUGAGCAACACAAGAUGCCAAAGUUUGAAUUUGUUCCUUGUACCAUUGGCCCUUGUCGUUCUUUUGGUGUGCUUACAAUUACCUCCUCAUGUGGAACCCAUUCUUCUGUACUUACUAAGCAUUAUUUUUACUUUGGCACAUGUCCAUUAUGGAAUACAAGUGGUAAACCAGUUGAGUAACCACUUUAAGAUUCUGCCCUUUUCAUUAAGAAAACCAAGCUCAGAUUGACUAGAAGUGGAAGAAGAGAAAAUUGGCCUGCAAUCUACAGAAGUACUGUAAAUAAGAUGCUUGUAAAUACUCCAACCAUCACCAUAGAACUAAACUUAUCCACUUGACAGAAAUGGAGACUAAAUGUAUGUGGUACAUGGAUGACAAGGUUGAAGCAUAUAUAAUCUGGACUCCUAUAAUUCCUGUCCAUCUCACUCCCAUUUAUCAUUAUACAUGUAUUUUAUGGGGGAGGGGAGGACCAGGUGACCUUUUUGGUUAAACAGUGUACAUUAGACCAGCAUAAUGUUCCAAGUGAUUUCAACUUCAUAAGUCCAUGCUUUUUUGGUUCAUAUAGGUUAUGUUUUUGUCUUGGCUUGAUUUUAAAAUAGAGAAGCUGGUUUAGGAACACUGACAACAUUCAUAAGAACACAAUGUGUUUUCAUAUUCGGUGAUUUGUUAAUAGGUCUUACCUAUCUGUGGAAACUAUCAAUAUCCUACUUCUAUCUACCCAGGGAGAGAUAAGCCACAAAAGCAAUUCACCUUCAGCAGAAGAUGCCAAAUUACUACAGAAGAAUCUAACCCUGAGUCACUUUUAUAACUGCCAAAUACUGGCUUCUCAUUUCCAUGGAAAUGCCUUUGUCUUCACAUGCUGAGAGAUCUGACAUGAAUUUGAUUGCCUGAUGUCCUCGCACUCUUUAUUCUGGAGUAGAUCUUGGCAAAUGGUUUUACUGUUUUUGUUUUAUAUUAAAGUAUCUUGUGGGGGCUCAGAAGUGAAUAGGGUUUUAGUUAGAAUUCAUUCGUAUGGCUUCUUUUGAAUUUUUACCCUCCAGUUACAAGUUGUUCAAAUAGUUUUACAGGAUGAGUUCUUGUCGCCUCAAUUGUAAGAGUACAUUUGACAUUCUCAGUCUAGUGGUACAAUUACUUUUUGUGAGGAAUGUAGAUAAAAUAUCUUUUAAGAGAAAGUCACUUUGGGAUUGGGAAGUAUAUCAAUUUUAGGAUGUGAUUAUUCUUCUGAGACCUGUCUCAUAAAUUCUAGGCCAUUCUUGAAUUUUUUUCUCUUUUUGGGGGGUUUGGGGGAGAGUGGGGGAGGAUGGAUUUAGUUUUUUGUUUUUCCUGCUUCCCCAACUUGUAAAAAACAUGACACAUUUGCCUUAUUGAGCAUACAUUCUCUUUACAAUAGCUUGCAGUAACUUAUAAAGUUUACUUUUGAAAAUAAAAAAAAAUUCCUUUACCUUUAUUAUAAUUAAUUGUUUGAUAGGUCACAUCUUUUUCAUAGAUGUGAUUAUUUUUUACUUUUUUAUCCUUUAAUUUUAUUGUAUUUUAGUUUGGUGGUGGUGAGAGUUACAUGCUAAUUUUCUUUGAUUUUUUUUUUUCUACUGAAUGCAGUUUGUGCUUGAAUGAAGAGUGUGUCUUAAACCCUUUUUAUGGACAGGCUGCACUUGGAAAGAAUAAGCACAACCAUGUUCAUAUGUAUUUAAAAAAAUGAGAAACCAUUAUUUAUCAAUGAAUAUUUGACCAUAAGCUUAGUUACAGUGUUUUCCUUUUGAGGUUUAAAAUCUGCUACUUUGAAAAAAAUAACUGCGUAAUAUUUAAUUUUUUAAAUUUGUAAAUUCUAAUCAUUGUCACAUAGGUUAUUAGAAAUGUGAAGUCUAGGAGCCAACUGAUGGUUCCUUUAAGUUUCAAAAAAUAUGUUUGUGGGAUUUAUGUAUUGUGUAUUCUGUGACUUCCUCUGAGUCAAAAGGAGUAAAAAUGUUCAUCACAAAUAGAAAAAUCGAUGCAGGCAAAA